GUCCCCCAGCAGCCACUUAACUCGCAAUACCUUGGGCCGCCUCUGCUAGAAGGAAAUCCAUCUUUUUAUCGUCAGCUACUGAGUGGAGCUGAGUGUUUCCUACUGCACUUGAAGGCAGCAGAUAGAGCAAGCCUGGCAGACGCUGAUUGAUUUUUACAAGCUCACCAGCAGACACAUCGUUUACAGCAAACCUCAUCCUUUAAAAAAAAAAAAAGAAAGAAGGAAAGCUCGGGGACAGACAGCGAGCUGGAGGCGAGAUGAACACGGAGGAGACUAAUGUGGAGAUGAAGGAUGCUCAGAACAUCAGCGCGGAGCAGAAGGACGGCCCGGAUGAGGCUCCGGAUGAGGCUCCGGAUGCGGCCCCGGAUGCGGCUCGGGCCGCUGUGGAUGCUGAUGCUACCGAGGCUGAUGUGAGCGAGGCCGACCUGGACCAGGAGGAGCAGGAGAAGCAACCGAUGACCGCCGAUGGAGACCUGCCCCCGGAGGCUCCUCCUGAGGGGAGGGAGGAGGUGGACGCGGAGAAAAAUGGCUCCGUGAAACUGAAGAUCCUGGAUGAGGCGGAGGAGACGUUCACCGGCCUGAACAAGGAGGAGCUGCUGCGGGUGGCGGGGACUCCUGGUUGGGUAAGAACCCGCUGGGCGCUGCUGCUGGUGUUCUGGCUCGGCUGGUUGGGGAUGUUGGUAGGAGCUGUCCUCAUCCUGCUGCAGGCUCCUCGAUGCAGAGAGCUGCCGGCCACCAGCUGGUGGAACCAAGGCCCACUGUACCAGAUAGGAAACAUCCACGCCUUCACCGACACACACAACCUGAAGGGUGUGGAGCAGAAGAUGACCAGUUUGUCCCAGUUGAAGGUGAAAGGUUUGGUGAUUGGACCGAUUCACGUUGCUCCACCUGAUGAAGCCAUCAGCCUGAGGUUUGAGGAAAUUUCACCUGAAGCCGGAAACCUGGAGCAGUUUAAAGGUGUCAUCCAGGCGGCUCGCCGAAAAGAUAUUUCUGUGGUUUUGGAUUUGACUCCAAACUAUCAGGGUUCUUCUGGACCCUGGUUCUCCAGAAACAGCAUAACAAACGUAGCAGAGAGACUGAAGUCUGCCCUGGUGUUCUGGCUGAACCAAGGAGUGGACGGAGUCCAGCUGUCUGGAGUGGAGCAGCUGGUCAGCACGGUCCCAGCUCUCUGGGCUGACAUCCGGGCCAUCGUCCAGAACGGGACAGACCAGGAUCUGAGAGGCGGGUCAGAAAGACUCCUGCUCGGCGUCACAGAAAGCUCCUCUGCUGACGGUGUGUCUGCUCUUCUGUCCUCCACUGAAGUGGACCUCCUCAUAUCCAAAGUUCUGACAGCGGGCGGCCCUGAGCCUGCCCGCUACGCCCACACCGUCCAGAGGCUCUACUCCAACCACACGCAGACCAAGCUGGCCUGGAAUCUGGGGGGGCGAGACGACGGUCACCUUGCCUCAUUAGUUCCCCCAGCUCAUGUCAAACUGUACCAGCUGCUGCUGUUGACGCUGCCUGGGACGCCUGUCUUCAGCUACGGAGACGAGAUCGGCCUGAUGGACGGGGAAUCCAAGUUUCCCAAGAUGCUUUGGGACUUUGAAGACGARCUGAAUGGAAGUCUGCAGGAGGAUCAGUCUGACAGGCUGUCCCUCCGCAAUUUCUUCCGCUCUGUGAGCGAGCUGCGGGCCAAACAGCGCUCCCUCCUUCACGGAGACUUCCUCCUCCUCUCCAACUCCUCCUCGUCUCUGGCGUACCUGCGGGUCUGGGAUCAGAACGAUCGCUACCUGGCUGCCUUCAACUGGGGGCCGGAGGAGGAGGCGGUGCYGCAGACAAGYGAAGCGGCGCUGCCUCGUCAUGCUGCRGUCGCCCUCAGCACCAACAGCAGCGCCCUCCCUGAAGGCAGCAGCGUGGACCUGACGGAGCUGCGGCUCGGCCCCGGACAGGCCGCGCUCAUCAAGCUUCCUCACACCGGAUAGAGGAAAAUGUUUAGUGUUUGCAUUUCUUUUAUGUCUGUAUUUAUUGUGUGUCAACCUGCAGAGGAUGAUGCUGGAGAGUGGAGCACUGAAUCAGAGCAGUUAUUGUUGUGACACAUUGUGGCUUCUGUUGUCUGCRGGGAUUCCCAAACUUUUCCAUGCCGCGGCCCCCCAAACUGCAUCAGCUUCUGAGCUUUGCCCCCUUUGCAAAACUCACCAAAUAUAUACAUGAACGCCAACUUUUAGACUGAUUUUCUCACUUUUAUUCUCUAUUCUCAAUUGUUUGUUUGGCAUAAAUSCUGCCUCACACCUCUUGAUCUAAUAGUUGGCCAUCCUACGGUUACUUGAGGAGUAAAGCAAAUGUUUUUAUUUUUAAAAAUGUGGAAAAACAAUGUUAGUUCACGGUUUCUCCAGAGGAGAAACUUUGGGGCUAAAUGUUUUGCUUCUUAAAAGAUCUGCGAACGUUGGUUCAGCUGUAAACAAGCUGCUCUCAUUUUUAUGCGCCUUGUUCAAAGAAAUCUGCCUUACAUCAGAGGUGAGUGGCUCCUUGGUAUGUUAACAGAGAAACCGGUCGUCCACUAAUAGUGUAAAAACAGACUUGAGUUCAUUGUUGGUCAAUGAAGAAAGAACAGGAGGAGCGGAAACGUCUCAGCAUUUAAUGAUUACUAAGAGGGAAUACCUUACCUUUAGGAAGGAGAAAAGAACAUGACAUGAACUUUUAUGACAUUAUCAUGAAUUUUGUUGAAUUUGAUAGUUAAAUACAACACGUGAAUAAUUGUAAGUUGUAUGGAUAAAUUAAACUAAGUUGAGUUGGUGAAGGAUGUGGAGAAGAAGAAGAAAUAUGGACAGUAAAUGUAAAAGCAUAAUGAUGAGAGGAGAAAUGAUGUAGGGAUGAAGAGUGGAUGGAGGUCUGACAGUGUGGGACAGACUGAUAACACAAGGCUGGGCAGGAAACAUGGAAAUCCCUCCAGCUGUGUGCCGUUACUGAAACUGAUAAACUAACAAAUAKKAAUCAUUCUCUUCUUCUUUGGUCUUAUUUUACCAGGAGUUUUGUGUGUAAGAGGUGAACGUGACUUUCGUCUGUAUCUGUAACACACUGUGCACUUAUGUAUUGCAUUCUGUGAAAAUGAAAAACAUAAACUGUUUUCAAGCAAGCAAAGAGAUUUCUGAUGGCUAGUAUUCAUAAUUAGAAAAAUAGAUUUUAUCCAGAAAGCACAGCAUCUUGCAAACCUAGGCUUCAACAUAUAAAGGYGUAAAAAAAWUUUUUUGCAUGUACCACUUUAGCAGCAUAGAUGUUUUGUUACAAAUUUCUCUCAAUGUUAUGGCUAAAUGUUGACUCAUUAUUCUUUACAUUAAACUUCAGUUUUAAGUUUAAUCAGAUUUAAGUUUCCCAGAUUUAGUAGUUGCUAAGUAAAGUCCAAAUCAGUUGGGAUCCGAAAAAUUUUUGGGGGGAAUCAUCAGUAAUAUAAAUGUAAAAAAAAAAAAAACAUAAAACAGGAGUCAGCAUUUGUUUGUCAACUGCAGGAAAUGAGCUCAUUGGAUUUCUAUCCAGAAAAGUCAUAGUAGAGGAAGUUAAAUACAUUMCACUUUUGUUUUCUUCUAUCUGUCCACAGUAGGUUUGGUGAUGAUGAAGUUAUCUUCACAUAACAAUGGAUCUGUCCACAGGG